AUGCCUCCAAGACUAAGAGGACGUGGCAAGGGUCCCAUGCGUGGAGGACCGUCAUCUCCAGGACCAUCACACAGACGCACUCCAUCAGCGUCUCUAUCCUCCUCCAACUCCCUCGAUAUGUGGGGUCAACCGUACGAGCCGGCAAGACACUCAGUCUCGCUGAGCUCAUCGCCAUCUUUUCAUCAGUCUUUCGGACCAUUUGCUCCAAAUGAGCCCGAACACUCUCACUAUUCUGAUCAAUCUCACCAUUCGCAUGAAUCUUACCCACCGCAUAACUCUUUGCAAUCUCAUUCAUUUCAUCAUUCCGAAUCCCCCUACUCUCCAAGACAGUUCAACCCAGCCCACUAUGUUAACGACUUCCUUUGCUAUAACCCAUUGGGCCCUGAGGACCAUUUCUCUCAGGAAAUGGAGAUGGAUGAUGACCCCGACCCGGAGAUGCAAACAGGAACCCCGGGCCACCCUAUCAGCAUAUCUAGUGGGUCUCCAUUUCAGGGAUCCCCUUACCGUGGACCCGACUCCUUCCAAGAGAGGAUGGCUACCUAUGACUGGUUCUUUACUCCAUCUUAUCAUAGCUCUCCGACUCAACCACCUUUAGAUGAUCCUCAACUUCAAGCUGUCUCACCACCACCACUCCCGGUAGAGGAGCCACUGUAG